AUGGGGCAUGGUAUACAUGACCUAUUAGCCAAGUCUAAAUAUGUUCGCUUUCAUGGGUAUAGACUACCACCUGACUUUGGUGAGAUGCCUAGCAUUCUACUCGAGAACUGGUGCUGGAUGAAAGAUAUUCUACGGGGACUCAGCUGCCAUUACACCACUCUUCAUGAGAGUUAUUUGGUGGAUUGGCGGAAUCGGCACCCCGGCUCGCCCGACCCAUUCAAGAAAAUUCCGGAGGAUUUGCUAGACAACCUCAUCAAACAUCGGUACUUUAAUACGGGCCUCUACUAUUUACAUCAGCUCGUAUCUAUCUUCGAUCUACAGAUACACACUCUCAGCACAAACCAGGAAAUUGCCGAUCUCGAUGUUGGGAAGCUAUGGUAUGAUCUCCGCGAAGAGCUAGAGGGAAUGGAUUUUUCGGAAUGCAGAAAUGGAUUUGAGUUUGCGACGUUCAGUCAUUUGAUGGCUGGCUACGACACUGACCAAAGAAGUUGCACGGCUAUGGCCCAGGAUUUGUUCCUUUCUACCUUUUCUCACGACCCUUGUAAUAUGGACACUUGGGCUAGCUAUCGCCGCGGAAUUUUGGAGUAUGGUGGAAGUCAGCAGAACUUACUACAGAUGUUGGAAAACUUUCUGGGACGUCCUCCAAACAUGUAUGUCAUUGUGCAAGGCUUCUUGACACGGUCAGAAAGUCAGGAGUAG